AUGCUCUCUCCUCAGGAGUCCCCAUCCAAAGGCUUUUCUCCGCGCACCUCGGUGCCAUUGCGGGGUCUCUUUGCCGACGGGGUCUGGCGCUGUGACUGUUCCGGACGGCCCCCUGCUGUCAAACUGCAAACCAAGAACCACGGGAUAAAUCACGGAAAGUGGUUUUACAAAUGCCAGAAACCCCCUUCGCAACAAUGCCGAUUCUUUCUCUGGGAAACCGAUGCCAAACUUCGCGAAGAAAGAGCCGUCCUUUCGAACUCGCGCACCGAACCGAUCGACCCGCAAACUCCUUCGAAAUUAACCGGUUAUGGAAGAUCCGGGCUUCUCACGCCGCAGACCGAGCGACUGUCCCGCACCGCGCCCGCGAUGGGACCCCCUGGAGCACAAGCUCUACCGCGGAGUGCAAAGGCGAAAAUGAUGUCUGAGGAUUCGGUUGAGUUCGAAUGGGAUGAUACGUUUGAUGAGACACCGGGGAAAUUAUUGGGCAAGCCGCGCCGGCUUUUCGCAUCGGCUGGUAGCUCCAGCUCGACUUUGGGGACUGAAUCCUUCGAAUCCGAGUCAAGUCCACGGAAGGCGGCCCGUACGGAUUCGUUCACCUCACCUGGCAAACGCAAACUGUCUGAUAUGCAAAACGAUAUCCCCCAGACUCCGAAAUCAGUGUGGUCGCAGUCUGAGUCGUGGCGGUUACCGCCACCUUCGGCGGAGCUGUGCAUGACUCCUACGCCGAGUAAAUACCAAAAUGCGCUAUCGGGCGAUCCGCGGGCGGAACCGUCAGACCUUGCGCUUCAGGUGGUGAAGAUCCUCGAGAGCCAUAAUGCGGUGCUGCCACGCCGAGCGCAGGAGGAGGUUGCCGAGCUACUGAACAAGCAUGAUUUGAGAACGAAGGGGGUCAUCCGCGGGCGGGAGAUCUCUUGGGCGCAGAUAAAGAAAAAGAACGAGGAGAUCAAACAGCUCCAGGAUAGGAUUGAAGUCCUAGAGAAACAACGCGAGCUGGACCAGGCUUUGCUGAAUGAGCUGAGCUCGCCAUAG